AUGAGGACUCACACACGGGGAGCCCCAAGUGUGUUUUUCAUACACGUCGUUUGCUUUGCCUUUGCCCACAGCGCCAGGGAGGACCCGGACGUGAUGGUUCCUUUUGUCAAUGCCAACUAUGACAGCUACCCCAUGCUCUACUUCUCCAAAGGGGACGUGGAGGCUCUGCGUCUCCAGGCUGCCACCACGCACCAGCACAUUGCAGCUCGUCUGAUCGAGGCAGUGCAAACGAUGCUGUCGAAUCCCCUGGAGUACCUUCCUCCCUGGGACCCGAAGGAGUUCAGCGCUCGGUGGAAUGAAAUCUAUGGCAACAACCUUGGGGCCCUGGCGAUGUUCUGUGUGCUCUACCCUGAAAACAUCGAGGCCAUCAGCAUGGCCAAGGAUUACAUGGAGAGGAUGGCAGCUCAGCCUAGUUGGCUAGUAAAGGAUGCCCCGUGGGAUGAGGUCCCUCUCGCUCACUCCUUAGUUGGUUUUGCCACCGCGUAUGACUUCUUGUACAGCUAUCUUAGCAAGAUUCAACAGGAGAGAUUUCUUGAGGUAAUUGCCAAUGCCUCGGGAUAUAUGUACGAAACAUCAUACAGACGUGGAUGGGGUUUCCAGUACCUCCACAACCACCAGCCUACCAACUGUGUGGCCCUGCUGGCUGGAAGCCUGGUUCUGAUGAAUCAAGGCUACCUUCAGGAAGCUUACUUGUGGACCAAGCAAGUGUUGGCAAUCAUGGAGAAGUCAGUAGUCCUACUGCAGGAGGUCACAGACGGCUCACUCUAUGAAGGGGUGGCCUAUGGCAGCUACACAACCAGAUCGCUGUUUCAGUACAUGUUUCUUGUCCAAAGGCACUUUGAUAUCAAUCACUUCAGCCACCCCUGGCUCAAGCAGCACUUUGCAUUUAUGUACAGGACUGUCCUGCCAGGGUUUCAGAGAACUGUGGCCAUCGCGGAUUCCAACUAUAACUGGUUCUAUGGGCCGGAGAGCCAGCUGGUGUUUCUCGACAAAUUUGUCAUGCGCAACGGCAGCGGGAACUGGUUGGCAGAGCAGAUCAGAAGGAACCGAGUGGUGGAAGGCCCGGGGACACCAUCCAAAGGGCAGAGGUGGUGCACUCUCCACACUGAAUUUCUCUGGUAUGAUGCCAGUUUGCGCUCCAUACCUCCGCCAGACUAUGGGGUUCCUAAACUGCAUUAUUUUGAGGACUGGGGAGUGGUAACCUAUGGAAGUGCUUUGCCAGCUGAAAUCAACAGGCCUUUCCUUUCCUUCAAGUCAGGAAAGCUGGGAGGACGUGCAAUAUAUGAUAUUGUUCACAAGAACAAGUACAAAGAGUGGAUCAAGGGGUGGAGGAACUUUAAUGCUGGCCAUGAACACCCGGACCAGAACUCCUUUACUUUUGCUCCAAAUGGCGUACCUUUCAUAACAGAAGCUCUGUAUGGGCCAAAAUACACUUUUUUUAAUAAUGUGUUGAUGUUUUCCCCUGCCGUGUCCAAGAGCUGCUUCUCCCCAUGGGAAGGGCAGAUUACAGAAGACUGUUCCUCAAAGUGGCUUAAAUAUAAACAUGACUUGGCUGGUGACUGUCAGGGACGAGUGGUUGCUGCCAUGGAGAGAAGUGGGGUGGUUUUUAUCAGGGGAGAAGGAGUGGGUGCAUACAAUCCUAAACUGAAGCUGAGAAAAUUACAAAGAAACCUCAUACUUCUCCAUCCCCAGCUUCUCUUGCUAGUGGACCAAAUCCAUCUAGAAGAUGACAGCCCCUUGGAGGCAGCAACCAGUUUCUUCCACAAUGUGGAUGUGCCUUUUGAAGAAACAGUUGUUGAUGAUGUCCAUGGGGCCUUUAUUAGGCACCGUGAUGGGAUAUAUAAGAUGUACUGGAUGGAUGACACUGGCCACAGCGAGAAAGCUACCAUUGCCUCACGGAUGUAUCCCCGGGGCUACCCGUACAACGGAACGAACUACGUGAAUGUAACGACCCUCUUGCGGCACCCUGUCACGAGGGCCAUUUACCUUUUCAUUGGGCCCUCUGUUGAUGUCCAGAGCUUCACUGUCCGUGGAGAUUCUCCGCAGCUGGAUGUUUUCAUUACCACCAGUGAGCACGCCUACGCAGUGUACCUGUGGCCUGUCGAGGAUGGGUCCCGCUCUGCCUUUGCACAGGUUAUUGCAGACCGCCAGAAAAUUGUCUUUGACCGAGCUUCUGCCAUUAGGAGCUCUGCAGUGCAGGAGGUGAAGGACUACGUAGGGAUCGUGGAGAGGAACCUGCAGCAUUUUAAGCCUGUUUUCCAGCAGCUUGAGAAGCAGAUCUUGUCCCGUGUACGCAACACAGCUAGCUUUAGGAAGACUGCUGAGCGCCUGCUGAGGUUUUCAGAUAAGAGACAGACAGAGGAGGCCAUUGACAGGAUAUUUGCAAUCUCACAGAGGCAGCAACAGCAACAGCACGGCAGAGCAAAGAAAAACAGAAAGGUAGCCAAAGGCUACAAAUUUGUUGAUGCCGUUCCUGACAUUUUUGCACAAAUUGAGGUAAAUGAAAGAAAAGUGCGACAGAAGGCACAGACUCAAGCACAAAAAGAGUUGCCUAUAGAUGAAGACGAGGAAAUGAAAGAUCUUCUGGAUUUUGCAGAUAUCACUUAUGUGAAGCACAAAACCGGGGUGUCAAUCAAAGGCCGAUCAGGGCUGGCACAGAUGGUGACGACUGCUCGAAGUAGUGCCCCAUCAAUAUCAGCUUCUUAUACCCGCCUCUUUCUAAUUCUCAACAUUGCUAUUUUUUUUGUCAUGUUAGCAAUGCAGCUCACAUAUUUCCAGAAGGCCAAGAGACUGCAUGGCCAGAGAUGUCUGUAUGCAAUACUUUUAGUAGACAGCUGUAUAUUAUUGUGGCUGUAUUCUUCCUGUUCUCAGUCACAAUGUUAGCAGAAGACCUCUACUAGUCGACCAGUUUAUGGUCAUAUACGUCUAUGCAAAAGCAUUAACCCUAAUAGGGCCAAAGUUUAUGUUCUUUUUUUCUGAAACAUUCCAAAAACAGCU